AACCGAAGUCAAAGACAAUCCCAAAUCUAAAUUCUUCCAAUCCAUUAUUUAUUAGUGUAAUAAUCCUCAAAUAGAAUUAAGCAAUUUUUGAAAAAAAAUAGUAUAUCAAAAUUAAUUUCAUAAUAAAUCUUUUAAUUGAAAAUCCAAUUAUGCUAACCUUAAAAUCAACCAAAAUUAAAUUAUCAUUAAAAAGGAAAAACAAUUUAAAUAAUUCGAAAAGUCCGAUAAAAAAAUGUAACCCUUUCAUAUUCUUCUUACCUUUCAUACCAUAAAAUAAAUUCUCUUCCCAUUUUCGGAGACUCCCAUAAAUUACAGAAUCACGAGAGAGCGUCGGCGCGUGUUCCACCGCCACCCCAUCACACAUACAUAUAUGUGUGUGUAUCUCUAUAUCCUUGCAUACACGUAUAAUAAAUACAGAUAUACAUAUAUAUAUAGUCCAUAUAUCAUCUGUCUGUCACUUUCUCUCUCUAGAAAACAAUGAAAUCCAAAACAAACAACAAUUAAAAUCACUUCUCUGUAUUUUUUUUUGUUUUCGAUUUUUCGGUUUCGAUUUCGGUUCCGGUGAAAAAAUGGCGAUAUGGGGGAGCCUGACUCACUACCUUUCAUUGAGAACAAAGAAAACAAACCUCUAUUACAUGGCUAUAACCACCGUCCUCUGCUCCAUUUUCUACCUCAUCGGAAUCUGGCAGCACGGCGGCGCCGCCACCUCCGCCACCCUCCUCCCCUCUCUUCCAUGCAACACCGACGACAUCAAAACCACCGGACCCAAUCCGAAAACCCUCCCCACCAACGCAUCAGCCGUCACCCUCGACUUCACCGCCCACCACACGGCGGAGCUCCUAGUCACACUCUCACCGGCGGCGCGUGCGGCUCAGUUCCCUCCCUGCGACCCGAAAUUCUCGGAGUACACGCCGUGCCAGCACGUGGAGAGAUCGCUGAAGUUCGACCGGGAUAUGCUUAUGUACAGGGAGAGGCACUGCCCGGAGAAGAACGAGCUCUUGAAGUGCAGGAUUCCGGCGCCGCACGGGUACAGAUCGCCUUUCCGGUGGCCGGAGAGUCGGGAUGUGGUGUGGUACGCGAACGUGCCGCACAAGCAUCUCACGGUGGAGAAGGCCGGCCAGAACUGGGUCCGGUUCGAAGGCGACCGGUUCAGCUUCCCCGGCGGCGGAACAAUGUUUCCACGUGGCGCCGAUGCGUAUAUUGACGACAUCGGGAAAUUAAUCAACCUCGAAGAUGGCUCCAUCAGAACCGCCAUUGAUACUGGUUGUGGGGUUGCUAGUUGGGGAGCUUAUUUACUAUCUCGAAACAUCUUGCCAAUUUCGUUUGCUCCAAAAGACACACACGAAGCACAAGUCCAAUUUGCCCUCGAGCGUGGGGUCCCUGCCCUAAUCGGAAUAAUGGCCACCGAAAGGUUGCCUUAUCCUUCACGAGCUUUCGAUAUCGCCCAUUGCUCAAGAUGCCUAAUCCCGUGGGGGCAAUACGAUGGGCUUUAUUUGAUUGAAGUGGAUAGGAUAUUACGGCCCGGUGGAUAUUGGAUUUUGUCGGGCCCGCCCGUGAACUGGGAGAAUCAUUGGAAAGGGUGGAACAGAAGCAAAGAAGAUCUCGGCCGAGAGCAAAACGGGAUCGAAAGCGUGGCUCGAAGCCUUUGUUGGAAGAAAUUGGUGCAAAGAAAUGAUCUUUCUAUUUGGCAAAAGGCAACUAAUCACGUACAUUGUAAAAUUAAUCGAAAAGUCUUCGGAAAACCUCCCUUUUGCGAGUCCCAAGAUCCGGAUCAAGCAUGGAACACUAAGAUGGAGGCAUGUUUGACUCCAUUGCCGGAAGUUUCCGACAUCAAAGAAAUCUCCGGCGGUCAACUGGCAAAUUGGCCGGAGAGAUUAACAGCGGUGCCGCCUAGGAUCCUCAGCGGAAGCAUAGAUGGAUUAACAGCCGAUAAAUUCUUAAAAGAUACAGAAACUUGGAAGAAGAGAGUGGCACACUAUAAGGCCGUGGACCAGCAACUCGCGGAGCGCGGCCGCUACCGUAACUUGCUCGACAUGAACGCCGAUUUGGGCGGCUUCGCGGCGGCAUUGGCCGACGACCCCGUUUGGGUCAUGAACGCCGUCCCCGUCGAGGCUGAAUCCAACACGCUCGGAGUCAUAUACCAACGUGGAUUAAUCGGAACUUAUCAAAAUUGGUGCGAAGCAAUGUCGACUUAUCCAAGAACUUACGACUUCAUUCAUGCAAACUCCAUAUUCACCAUCUAUAGAGACAGAUGUGAAAUUGAAGAUAUAUUGCUAGAAAUGGACCGAAUAUUGCGGCCGCAAGGUAGCGUAAUAAUACGAGACGAUGUGGAUGUAUUAGUGAACGUAAAGAGCAUAAUCGACGGGCUUCAAUGGGAUAGUAGAAUGACUGACCAUGAAGGAGGACCUCAUGUUAGAGAGAAGCUUCUUAUUGCUACUAAGCAAUAUUGGACUGCCCCUGCCCCUGAUUCAUAGUUAUACUAAUUUUUUUUUAAUUAUUAUUUUAUGUCGAUAAAUAUUAUUUAAAAAAAAACAUUAUUUUGUUAAUU